AUGAAGGACAGAUUCGGUAAAACUUCCCUCAGAGCCGCCUCACAGCUGGAAUUUAAUUCUAUCUGCCAGCGAGCGGACGAAGCUAUAGAGCAAUGGGGGGACCGAGUAAUGGACACUGCCCAGAAAGCAAUUGGUGGCGGUACUUCGCCAGAGGUUUUCCAAGAGCAAAUAGUCGUUCGUUUUGCUCUGGGGUGUAAUGACGGCGAGGCGGGGCAGCAGUUAAUUAAUAAUCCCCCGGGGACUCUAGAAGAAGCGAUUAAGAGAGUCAAAACUUAUCAGCUUAGUCGCAGAGCUUUAGCCCGCAGGCCGAGAGCGGUAAGAUCCCUAUCUAGAGACCGUCAAAAUGACCGGAGUCAGUCGCCAAAUCUGGGUUAUUAUCGGGCCAGAUCAGAUUCUGAGUGUCAAGAUCUUUAUGUGGCACGAAGAGAGAGUUCGGAGUCAAGGGACCGUCCUAAUCGUGCCAGCAGGGACCGUUCCUAUGAUCGUGCCAGCAGGGACCGUUCCGAGUCGCCAGAUUGGGACUCGGGUAAGAAAUACUACUCCAGCGACUCGGAGGACAGCACCCGAGGAUCAAGUCCCGAGCGAGGGUCCUCGAGGGAUCCGUCACCGAAUAGGGGGCGUUCUCGUGCGCUGAGACCUAUUAAAUGUUUUGAAUGCCAAGAGCCAGGGCACUUGCCUCGCGACUGCCCGAUCCGCCAGCGUUGGCGUAGAUCGGGGACCCCUAAGCCUUGUCUUAAGUCGACGAGUAGUAAAACUAAAGACUAA